AUGCCAACAAGUAAUAGCACUUUGUACAAUUCAUGGAUGGCAAACGGAAGCGGGUUUGGCAACGCUGUGCAUAUCGAUGACGAAGCGACCUCAUCGACCUCUGCCGGGUUACGGGACACACAAGUGCGCAGUCCGACUCAUAGCAAUGGCACUCCCAUGUUCUUGCAAGGAGGGAAUGAUGGCGUCGAGGACUGGCCGCCCCCUAGGGCCGCGGCUGAAAUACCAUUCCACACCACCCAGAGCCCGUUCCUAAACGAUCCUACCUUGGCUCCUGAGCUCUCUUUCGACGACAUGGACCUCAACGCCAUGCUUCAGACACCCGGCAACGUACCAACAUCGCGAUGUGCUCCGCAUGAAGUAACCCUUCAAGCCAAGUCCUCAGUUGACAACGAGCUAACAGCUUCGAAUGUUGUGGACGAGCAUGCAUAUGACGCCGGUGUGCAUUGGGGCUACGACUUCUCGGGAUAUGCGGCGGACCAUCCAAUUAUUUCGACAUCAUCUGCAGACAUACAAGCAACGUCAGGGCUCGAGUUUUCCGAUAUCGACCUUGGAUUGGCACCAGCACAAGAUGCGAUGGGCCAGGGUUCAAUGUCGAUCGACCCGUUUUUACCUGGGCUGCAUGGCAGUCAACUUGGGAUUUUGGAUGAGAACUCCCUCUUUGCAAUGGACUAUGUCUCUCCCACACCGCAAUAUCGGGGAGCUGACGCAUCGCUCACUUCGACCUAUCCACUACAAUAUCCUGACCCGGAAGAUUUCAACACUCCAGUCUCCUCAACGCCCGGCCUUACGAGCGCUACCACCACGCCGAGUGGACAGCAAGGCCUCAGAUGUGCACAGCGUGACACAUCCAAAGACGCUCUGCUCGUGAGACUGCGACAAGAUGGGAAAUCAUACAAGCAGAUCAAGGAGAUUGGGGGUUUCGAAGAAGCAGAAUCGACCCUCAGGGGGAGGUAUCGCACCCUAGUCAAGCCUAAAGAGGCACGUGUCAGAAAACCUGAGUGGCGAGAUCGGGACAUCCAACUCCUUCUGCAGGGCGUUACCCACUUCUCGAACUCGAAUCCUAUUUCUCUCGGGGCAUGGCAUGGUCUUGAUGCAGAUGCCAUUCACCAAUUUACCAACAAGGUGCCGUGGAAGCAAGUCGCUGAGUGGAUGGAGGACCAAGGGACCUACAAAUUCGGAAAUUCCACGGUCAAGAAGCAAUAUCUGGCAGAAUUGAAGAAGCGAGGUGCUCCGGUAUGA